AUGGUCCUAAUGGUGAUCAUUUUCUUGCUACUUCUGUUCUGGGAAAAUGAGCUGAAUGACAAUGAGGUGAUGACAUCUUUAGAACACUUGCAUGUUGACUACCCUCAGAACAAUGUUGCUGUAAGGUACUGUAACUAUAUGAUCCUACAGAGAGGUGUCAGGGAACCUGACCACACAUGCAAAAAGAAGCAUGUCUUCAUUCAUGAGAGGCCUCAAAAAAUCAAUAGUAUUUGCACGUCUCCCAAGCGGAUGGCUUGCCAAAACCACUCCACCAUUUUCUGCUUCCAGAGUGAGACAAGGUUCAAAUUGACAGUCUGUCAGCUUGUUGAUGGUACCGGAUACCCGGCCUGCAGGUACCACAAUUCCCUCACAGCAGGGUUCAUUCUUGUCACUUGUGAUGGCUUGGGACCGGUUAAUUUCCAGGGAUAUAUUGAAUAA